GCAUUGGUUGAAAAUGAAGUGUUGCUACGCCAGCAUUGGUUAAAUGAAGACGAGCGAGUUGAGAGAUCUGUAGUUACUGGAAAGAAAGCAAGUUGUAACCAAGUAAAGUGUAAUUUCGUGGUGAACGGGACAAUAAAUCAGGUUGAAGGCCUACUUAUUGUUGGUUCAUCAUGAAGGUAUUUGGCGUGUUCAUCUGCCUUCUUUCAGCUGCAUUUGCUUCGCAGUUCUGUUAUGAUAGUAAGAUCUGUAGCGGAAGAGAUGACUUCACCACCUGCACAGCAAAAUAUGGAGACUUUCCUGUAAUUGAGUCAGAACUUUCACGCUACAUGAACAUACAUUUCAAUCACAGUUACCAAUAUCUUUUGCUGUCUUCGUACUUCAAGAAUUUCCAGAAAAACAGACAUGGUUUUGAAAACUUGUACCGCAAGUUGUCUGAUGAAAUGUGGGAACAAUCUAUUGAUUUGAUAAAAUAUAUUACCAAGAGAGGUGGCGCAGUGAAAUUCGACCCGAUACCACGGAAACUUGAUUUCCCAAGUGACAACCUAAAUCUGAAUGAAAUGGAGAGCCUUGCAGUUGCCUUGGAUGGCCAGAAACUACUCGCAGAUGAAGCAAAUGACAUACACCGAAGAGUCACAAAGAAUGUUGUACACCACAGUGAACCUAGUCUUGCUGCUCAUGAUGCUGAGGUUGGCUCCUACCUAGAGAAUGAAUUUGUCCAUAAACUUGCAGAGCGCAUUAGGGAUCUAUCAGGCUAUGCUAACGAUCUGAUAAAAUUACUUGCAGAGGACAAACAGCCAGAGCGCAGUCUGUCCCUUUAUCUCUUUGAUGAAUAUUUGCAGAAAGCUCUGUGAAUGGUUUGAAGUACCUGCAGGACUUGAGUUUAUCAUAAAAUUAUAUAUUCCUAUUGUACUUUAUAGCAUAGUUAGCAUUUGGUCAAAUUGUAAGUGUAAAGUGAGUUAUGGACAUAAUAAAUUUUAAUUGAACCAUA